UUGUCAUUAGAAAGUUGACAAAGUUGUACGUACAAUGUAGAAAAAUAAAUCGUCAAGGAAUACAAAAAGAAUUUACAGCAGGUCUAAGCAUUUGGUCAAAAUUCAUUUUUAGACCUGUAAUCAGAAUGAAAUUCUUUAUUUUACUGCUGUUGUGUAUUGGGUGUCCAUGUUUGAUUACUGCAGAUUGCAUUAUUGAUGAAUUGGAUAUUGUCGUUACCAUUAAUCGCCAACCCAAGAGUGUCUGUUCAUUCCGUAAUGAAAAUUUUCAUGAAGGUCGAUCAGUAAGAGAAUGUAACAUAGAUUGUACAUGUAUGGUUGGUCGUCUAACAUGCUGUUCCAAAUCUAAAACUCAUUGUCAAAGAGCUGAAAGUUGUCGGAAGGUUAUUUUUGACUUCAAUACAUCACUCUUCACCAGAAGUUUGGUAACUUGUGAAGAGAAGGUCAAGACUAAAUUGGUUCCUGUUUAUGAUCAUAUCAGUAAGAAUGUAGUUAAGAGUAAAGUUGUUACAAUACAACCACCACAACAGAUAAAGCUGACAACACCUGCUAAAAUAGUGGAACCACCACCUGAAAACAUAGCACAAAGAAAACGAAGACUAAAUAUUGCAAGAAUAAUGAGGAUAAAUAGAGCGAGGCGAAGAAAGUUAGCCAGAGCUCAGAGAAGAAAGGCAUCCGCUAAAUCAACUAGUGUUAAGAAACCAUCCUCCAUCUCAAACAAUUCGUCACAAAAGGGCAUGUCCUUAUUGGAUAGGUUGAGAUACAAUGGUGCAAGAAGGAGGCAAACGAUGAAAAAGAAAACGCGAGUGGCAUCUGCUCAGGUAGAUAAAAAUAGGGCAGCUUCUGGAAGCGUUGGCAAACAAGCCAUAAUUAAAGAACAGAAACAGGCUACGAAGAGAUUUACUUUCGAGCAAAUGAUAAGAAAGAAUCAUGAAAGGAGACUUCGAAAGAUGAGAAAAAAGCUGAGUAAAGGAAGAGAUGCUGUUCAGAGCAAAGAAGCGGCCUCCACCAAAGAAACGAAACAGGCUUCUGAGGGUUUAACUUACGAAGAAAUGUUUAAAAAGAAUCACGAAAGGAGACUUCGAAAGAUGAGAAAAAAGUUGAGUCAGGGAACAGCUGCUGUUCAGAGCAAAAAAGCAGCCUCAACUAAAGAAACGAAACAGGCUUCUGACGGUUUAACUUAUGAAGAAAUGUUUAAAAAGAAUCACGAAAGGAGACUUCGAAAGAUGAGAAAAAAGUUGAGUAAGGGAACAGCUGCUGUUCAGAGCACAAAAGCGGCCUCCACCAAAGAAAAGAAAAAGGCCUCUGAGGGUUUAACUUAUGAAGAAAUGUUGAGAAGGGAUAGUGAAAGAAGAAAUAAAAAACGGAGAAGGUUGAAUGCAAACCGUAGUUCGUACUUAUUGAAUGCAAUGAGAAGAAAUAGAUUGAGACGAGAACGACUAAGACAACAAAGAUUGGCAAAUUUAAACAAAAGUCAGUAACUUCUGAUAUAUCUUUGAUGAAUGUCAUUCAUCAGAUUCUAAAUAAAUAUCAAGUUUUGAGCGGAU